CGCAAUCCCCGCAUCUACGUCAAUUUUCAGAUUCCUCCUUCCUCCAUUGUGGCCAUAUUGUGUGGUGAAGUGCACGAAUCCUUCUCCUCGUCGAGUCACAGUUAUCUGCUGUGCCAAGCUAUCUUAUUAAAAUCUAAUUUUGUUUCAAUAAAAUUUCUAAUAUUGUCAAUCGUAUGUCCGGAUCCAUCCAAAAUCUCAAUACUUUCGACCCCUUUGCUGAUGCAAUCAAGGGUGCAGAUGAUGAUGUGCAGGAUGGUCUUGUUCACAUAAGAAUCCAGCAGAGGAAUGGUCGUAAAACCCUAACAACGGUCCAGGGCCUGUCAGCUGAUUAUGACCUGAAAAAGAUUGUCAGAGCAUGCAAAAAGGAAUUUGCCUGUAACGGAACUGUCAUCGAACAUCCUGAAUAUGGAGAAGUGUUGCAGCUCCAAGGGGAUCAGCGUGAGAACAUCUGUCAGUGGCUCACUAAAACUGGCCUCGCCAAACCUGACCAGCUAAAAGUUCACGGGUUUUAAUAUGUUGAUAUUCUUCAUGUUUUGAGUUAAAUUAGGUUUUCAUACAAGUUAAAUGAAAAGCAAGAAGUAAUAAGGUCACUCUCCCAUCAAAAUAUCUCAAGCAUGCAUGAAUUGUAACGUCUCCAACUUUCUAAACUCGCUGAAUUGAGAAACCCAGUCAUUAUUCUAUCAUUGUCGGCUUGGUGCAGUGUUUAGUAAUGUUGACCUCAACUCCAAAUUCGUAUAACACCGUCAAUGAGAUUCCAACCCGUUACUGUCUCCAUGACUUAUUAGAGCAACAAAAAAUAAUGUUUCCUCCAUUGAUUUCAUGACCCACCUUUUUUAAGUAAACCAAUUCACAGUUUUAUCUAGCACCAUGUCAAUAUCAUCCACAUCUCGAUUUGUUUCCAUUUUUUGCUCUUUCUUAAGGAGUUGAAAGAUGGCUGCAAAUGUAAAAAAAAAGGAGAAAACUUUUUAAAGUGCUACAAUUUGGCUCAAUUCCUGUCGCCCAACAUUAAAAUGUGUUUUUGUCUAACUCAUGUAUGAGGCACAAAGUUGACCUGAAUGAAUCCUUAGGCAACUGUUGUUCGUCUGUGAUGCUUCAAACUCAUCCGCAAGUUCUCCCUCUGGAAAUUUUGUGGAAGUUUUAAUUAUACAUUUUAAUCAAUCGUAGAAACAGUCUGAAGCAAAAUGUUUGCUGUCAAGAGUUGUUUCGUUCUCUCAUCCACUAGCACGAGUGUAUCAUAUUAUAAAUACAUGUACAUGGUUCAAAGAGAAAACUGAAGUUUCAGCCUUUAUUUUUUGUUGUCUGUAACAUACUGAUUUUUAAGUGUUCUAUUAAUUUUAAAGUUUGAACAAAACUAGGUCUAAAGAAGAUGUAUGUGUACAAUAUUUUCUAUCUGAUGUAAAAGUAACCAUGAAUAUUGUUUGUAGUUUCAUUUUUACUUUACACCUCCAUGUUUUCCAAGCAAUAGUUCUUUUGAAAAGGUUGCCAUGUCCAAUCACUCUUAUUGUCAGUAACUUCUCCUAGUCAUCACUUAUUUCUUCAUUUUAAGGAUAAUGUUGAUCUGCACUAAGCCUCUUUACUUCUGUAAACUUUCAUCAUUCCAUUGACGUGUUAAAAGACAAGAUAACAAUAACAAGCAUUGUAAACAGAACUAGCUACAACAUACAUGUUCAUAGCCUAAUUUUAGAAAUAAAUCCUCGAUUGUUAAUUUUUUGUUAUCUGUCGAUAAAUUCAAGCAUUUUGUUAUCGAAUAAAAGAACAUUUAAAACUGUC